CACAACCAAAAGAAGACGCCAAGCAAUUGAAAACUCAUUAAUUUGUGAAUUUUGUGGAAAAUCUUUGAAUUUGUGAAAAAUAUUAACAAGAAAUUACUAAUUUCAAUAUCAAAUUAAUGUCAAAUUCAUUAAUAUUGUUAAUUUUUAAAAAUAUUAAGAAAAUCUGCCAUUUUAAAGACUUUUUGUAGUCGAAUACACUAUCAAGCGGGGGAAUUUGUAUACGAAAGCAAGCAAAACACAAACGCAGAUAAUUACGAAAGGAAGAAACAAACAAUCAACAACGUCAGAGAACGAACAACAACAACUACAAAGCAAAAACAAUUGCUCUUCUUCUUCAUUGCAAAACCAACAUAACCUCACUUUUUGUUGUCGAGUAUAUACCGAAACGUCAAAAACGCGCGUACUACACACAAUCUAUCCAAAAUCUAUAGAAAGCAAGCAUAAAGGAACGAACGGCUGGAAUAGUCAACCAGUCCAAGUGAAAAUCAAAACGCUCUGCCAACAGCACAAAGGCAAGUGGUCGAAAUUGGAAAUAGAAUUAUUUGCUGUUAAUUCUUUUUGUGCUGAACGUAGUUGGUGGUGUGCUGUAAACGAAGAGACGUGCAUACGUUGUUUGGGCCUGUCCCAUUGUUGCUGGAACAGAAACAGCAGCAGCAACAGUCACUUGACAAUUUUUUUUCCACAGCCAAGGGAAAGAAUUUUGCAAAAAUUUCACCCAAACGAAAACAAAGUUUUCAACAUAUCAGAAUGGAGGUGGACGAUGCAAUAGUUAUGGCUGAAACGCCAACGCCAGCAACAAAUGCCACAGUUAACGACGACAAGACUGUACUUGGUGCUGUCGAUAGUGGCGAACAGGAACAAAACACACCAACUAGUUCGAUAAUAAAACAGAAACGUGCCAAACUAAAACAUGACAAAGAAGAACCACCAGGAACGGAUGCGGCUCACAAUGAGACGGCUACACCGUUUAAAUUAGAAGUUUCUGGUUCCGAAGAUGAAGGUGGCGAGGAAGAAGAAGAAAACGAUGGCGCAACCAGAGCUGCCAUAAGGCGUAAAUUAUUGUCUACCCCAUUGGAGGAGGAUGCCACAGCAAAUGAUGGAUUGGAUGAGUACGAAACGGUGGCCUUGAAGAGAAAACGUUACGAGGUGAGACGUUCAGGAUCCGAAGAUUGUCUUUUGGGUUUUGAUGAAUUGAGUGGUGAGGCAGAGUUGGUAAAACCAGAGGAUGUACAAGAUAACAAAAUGGAAAAGGAGGAAGCACCAAGUGUGGUGGCCGAUGCUCAAGUUGUUACAACCGAUCCACCUAAAUCUGUAAAAAAGACACCACCACAAAAAACUGCUCAAUCUCCUUCGCAAAAUGCCUCACGUUCAUCCUCAAAAUCGCCCAUGAGCCAGAAAGCAAAAUCGCCAGCUCUACAGUCUCCCUCAAAUAAGGUCGCCCAGAAAACACCACCCAAACCCCACAUUGUGGCCGAUGGAGAGGAGAUAAAUGGUGGCCAAGAUGUCGACAUGAAACCUGUGGUGCAAACUCCAAAUUCCACGGCUGUUACCAAGAAGCCACUCUCUCCCCAAGAUGAGUUCUAUAAGAAGCCAUUUGACUUUGGCUGGAAAAGAGAGCUGGUAUGGCGUGCAAAUAUAGAAACCAGCAAAGAUAAAGCUGAUGUCUAUUUUAUAAGUCCUGCCGGCAAGAAAUUGAGGGCCCGCAAUGAAAUCAUCCCACUGCUGGAGGGUGAUCUUACAAUAGAUCAUUUUAGUUUUGCUAAAGAGCCUUUGGGUGCUGGUCCCGAGUUUGAAAUUGUGCGUAGUGCUAAGCCAUCGUCAAGAUCAUCGGUGGCCACAGCCACCCUGGCUGCUGCCCCUUCACCACCCAUUGUAGGCAAAAGAGUGUCUAAACCUAAGGGUCCCAAAGGGGCAAGUCCACCUCCACAGGGCUGGACUCCUAGCAAGGCGUUAAAAGUCAACAAUGCUGCGUUAUUAAGUAGCUCCGGUAAUCCAGGAAGACAUUCAAUGGGUUCACAGCAUCAUGCCCAGCAAAAUAUGACAUCUACACCCGUUAGCAAGAGACACGAUAAUGCUUCCUCAACUGGUCACAACGCCAGUCAUUCUUCAAAGAGCAGUAAAUUGAAAAAAUCCUCUUCAACAUCAUCUCUAGGCAAAAGUGGUGAUGGUGGUUCAAGUGGCAAAUCUGCCAAGGAAACCUGUAAUAUUGGUUGUGUCAAAGCCCCCGGGCAAUUGCCGCAAUUGCAGUGUACAAAGUGUUUUUGUCUUUAUCAUCAUGAGUGUGUGGGCAUAGAUCGACAUAACAGUGACUAUAGGACAACCUCUAGCACCAAUGGUCGGGAAUAUAUUUGUGAGGCUUGCAGCCCCAAAUCUGUAACGAAACCCAGUAAUCACUAUGUUUCUGGAACAGUAGCAGCAACUGGAACCGCUACUGGGUCACCGAGCCCAAACAAGCCACCAAAACCAGCGGCAGUUAAUAAAAUGAGACAGGAAAACAAAUAUCCCCAAACAAUAGCGGUGGUCAAGGGCAAGAAAUAUGUUAUGGUAGCCAAGCCUUUGUCACUGCCGCCCAACGAGCAAGUCAAUGACAUUGAAAAUGACUUGAAACAGAUAAAUGAGAGUAUAUUAAAGAAUCGCAAACAAUCAAACAACUCUGCGGAUGGUUAUAAUUCACAUAAUUCUCAAGUGGUUGCUGCUGCUCCCGUGGAUCAUUCUAGCAAAAUAUUUGCUACAAACUUCUUUGCCAAUGUAUCAUAUGCCUACGAUUCAUUGUUGUGUAUAAUGAAAUAUUUGAAAAUCCAUGAACGCCCUCGAGCUGCAGCUGUUUGCAAACUAUGGAACUUGGCCGCCAAGGAUACAUCGCUGUGGAAAACGGUACGCAUGAAAAACUCCAAGGUAUGCAGCUGGUCUGGUUUUGCAGCCGCCCUGAGACGUGGUGAAACCAAGCAUUUGGAUUUACGUAAAAUGUUACAGCCCAGUGGCCGCAGUGAAGAUUUGUGGAAUGAUUUCUGUGAAAACAUUGGCACCGUAUGCUCAUUGGAAAGCAUAUAUCUCUGCCGUUGUUCUUCACGCGUGGUUGAAAGUCUUUUCCAAAGCAAUCGCAAUUUACGUAUUAUAAAUGCCCUGGCCAUCAAUGAUGAUACCAUAAAUCUCGAAAAUAUUUCUCGCCUAAAUUCAUUGGAAGAAUUGCGUUUGAGAACCUGUGAAUCGGGAGUGUUGGCUGGUGAUCUAGCACCCUUGGCAACGCUGGACAAACUAACACAUCUCUCCCUCACCUCCAUCAAGGGUUUGGGUGAAAAGAGUGUUGAAGUUUUGGGUGAAUUGAAAACUUUACGUUCCCUGGAGCUGGGUGAAUGUGGGGAUUUCGAUAGCACCUUUGCCGAGGCCGUUUUACCCAAACUCAUCAACUUACAGAGAUUGCGUUUGGAAAAUGGCUCGGUAACAAAUGUCUGCACCUUGGAAAUUCUGGACUCUGUGGCUCGUCUGGUGCAAUUACAUCAAUUGGAAUUGGUGAAUUUCGACAUCAAACCGGGAUUCGAUGAAAAGCUAAGUCUGUGUACCAACAUUACAAAAUUGCUCAUCAUUCCCACCUAUAUUUCGCAAUCGGCAACCACAAAUCAAAUAGUCUUGAGUGCCGUCCAACAGGUGGCCGAUACACUGAAAGUAUUCACCUGGUGUGUCACAGUGGAACUGUUGCGUGUCACCGCCCUCUAUGUGGAUCAAUGUGAGGAGUCCACCAAAAAGGAAAAACAUCACUUUGAUGAGUGUAUACCAGUGUUGAAACCUGUGCCGGGAGCACCACCCAACGACGAGGAUGAAGAAGAACUCAAGGCCCACAAUGCCGAUACCUCGGGUGAGGAUGGCAAUGGCGAUGUACCGCAAAUUGAAAUUUUACCCCUGGACAAAGUUGAAACUAUAUUGGCCGAAAAUUUACCCCAUACCAAGUUCACGAUUGUUAAGGUACCCUAUCAUGUGACAUGUAAACAACAGUUGGUGGAUUAGGACUACUAGGUGAGGGAGAAUGAAAAUGAACGGACCCCCCCUUCAGCUGUACACUUAGUGAAAGUGUAUCUUUGAUAUUUUAUUUACCUUUUAAAGGAACCCGAGAACUUCCAAGAAAAAAAAAAGGAAAGGAAGGCAAGCACCACAACACAAGAGAGGUCUUGGAUUUGUAAUGUAAACUGUUUUUUCUUGAAAUUGUGUGUAAUAUUUGACUGAAAUGGAAAUUGUAAUACAAAAACAAAAAGAGGAAAAGUUCGUUGGAUUUUUUUUAACAAAAAAGAAAACUAUUAUUUUUGAACGAAAAAGAAAAGAUAAAAAGAAGAACCCAACUCGUGUGUAAGGUUUUUAAGAAUAACAUAGUUUUUAGACUACAUUAAGUUAUAUUAUCUCUAACAGACAUCCCUUGACCCCCCACCCCAAAAGAUCCUGUCUCUAAUGCUUUACAAUUUCGAAAGCGAAAUUGUAAGAAUCGCCAGUUCGAAAGGAGCAAUGAAACUGGAUGGAACCCACUUUACAAUAAUCUGUUUAAUUUUUAGGAUAUAACUAGCAUAAAGUAGCCUAAGAUAUCACGUAACAACAGCAGCAGCAACAAUAACCUUAAAUUACUCUUGAAGCAGAGGAAGAAUGGAUGAAUGGAAAAUAAAAAAAAAACAGAGUUUUUAAACUUUUUUACUUUUGUUUUGAUAAUUUCAAUACAAAUAUUGAUUAAAAUUUUAAUUUACUUAUUUCAAAAAAAGAAAUGCGAUAAUGAUAUGCCACCACAAAACAUACACAGAGACAUCUUUUUAAGAAAACAACAACAAAAAAGAAUUGAUAAACAUGAAGAACUGCUGGAGAGCAACAAGUGAUUGAUUAUUUGUUGCAAGCAAAAUAAUGUUGCAAUACUUUGUAUAUUUUUUUAAAUAAUAAUUAUAGAUAUAAAUAUAAUACA